AUGGCGUUCUGUCCGUGCAGACGUCGGAGGAGUUGCUAUGGCGUUCUGUCCGUGCAGACGUCGGAGGAGGUGAAGCUGGAUGCCGGAGACGAGAAUUGUAUUCCCUCUAGAGCCGCCUCAAGUCUUGCAGGCUUGAGCAAGGCCUGGAUUGAUGUGGAAUGGUGGAAUCCGAAAUGGGGCAUGCCUAUUUGGGGUAUACGAGGGUGGCCACGCUCGCAGACUCGUUAUACCGAUAUUCGU